AAGCAGCAGGACAAGUCAGGCAGCACGGCGAACGAACGGUGGAAACAGGCCCGACGGUCCGAUGCCAAGCUGUCGCUCGGCGCGGGCCUGCAUGAUGGGAUCAAGUCCGCGAUGAAUGCUAUCUACCCUGAGGUCGAGCUGCCGGACGGACACAGUAGGCCACUGCGCGCAGGAGGCCAGUCCGACCAGCGUACGCUAGGAGCCAUCUUCGCCACCAGGAAGAGCCAGGAACAUAUCCUUCUCACGUAUUCAGGCUACCAGAGGGUCACCUUCACGUUCUCCUACAUCGGCGCUGAGUCUGACAAGCAAGAGCAAGAUAAGCAGCAGGGCCAAACAGCAUGGCUCAACAAGAUUAUUUCCAUGCAGGACGCUUGCUCCAUAUCCGUGUCACACGAG